GUGUGGAGAUGAGGGAGACUGAGAUGUGCUUCUUGCUUAUCACGAUUCACAUCGAGUGUUUUUCAGGCUUUGUUACCAGGGCAGGUUGAAUCCACAAUCAACCUUAACAACGGCUUCUGUUUCUUUUUUUCUUUUUGGCUUUCUGUCAUUAAUUUCAUUCUAAUUUUUACAUAGGGCCUUACAAUUUUACACAUUUUUUUAAGGACACUAUGGAAGCCAAUGCAUCUCGGGUGGAUUGUUGCUGCUGGCCAGGAAUAUGAUUUAUGAGCUUUGUUCUCAUGACAUACUCAUUAAGUCUAAUCAAAACAGGAAAGAGAUUUGAUUUGCCUUCAACUUUUUUCAUCUUCGACGAUUGCAGCUGCAGCAGGUACUUUUUGCACGUUUCGAUGCCGUCAUGUGGAGCAGAGAGAGCGCUUCAUCACUUCUCAUCUGCUUGCUGUCGCACACUGCUCUCUGGAAGACCAGGUCAGUAAAUGGCGAUGCCUCAUCUGAUGCCUUUAAAACAAACAUCACCCUGUUCACACGGAUACUGGACAGCCUGCUGGAUGGAUAUGACAACCGUCUGAGACCAGGUCUUGGGGACAGGAUUACUGAGGUGAAGACAAACAUCUACGUCACCAGCUUUGGACCUGUUUCAGACACUGACAUGGAGUACACCAUAGAUGUUUUCUUCCGACAAACCUGGAAGGACGAGCGGUUGAAGUUUGAAGGUCCAAUGAAUAUUUUGCCCCUCAACAACCUGAUGGCCAGCAAAAUCUGGACUCCAGACACCUUCUUCCACAAUGGGAAAAAGUCUGUGGCUCACAACAUGACCAUGCCUAAUAAGCUGCUAAGGAUCAAAGAUGAUGGGACGCUGCUGUACACCAUGAGGUUAACUGUGCAUGCAGAGUGUCCAAUGCAUCUGGAGGAUUUCCCGAUGGACUUUCAUUCAUGUCCUCUAAAAUUUGGCAGCUAUGCCUACACAAUCUCUGAAGUGACUUAUGCCUGGACUCUAAAUGCCUCUGACUCUGUAACAGUGGAGGGAGAAAGCUCACGCCUGAACCAGUACGAUCUGCUUGGACAAACAGUCGGACAAGAAACCAUCAAAUCAAGCACAGGUGAAUACACAGUGAUGACAGCACAUUUCCAUCUGAAGAGGAAGAUUGGAUAUUUUGUCAUCCAGACGUACCUUCCGUGCAUCAUGACAGUCAUUCUUUCCCAAGUGUCUUUCUGGUUGAAUAGAGAAUCUGUCCCAGCUAGGACUGUGUUUGGUGUAACCACUGUUCUCACUAUGACAACACUGAGUAUAAGUGCAAGGAACUCACUUCCAAAGGUCGCCUACGCCACUGCCAUGGAUUGGUUCAUUGCUGUCUGCUACGCCUUUGUCUUCUCAGCUUUGAUCGAGUUUGCAACUGUCAAUUACUUCACAAAGCGUGGCUGGGCUUGGGAUGGAAAAAGUGUUGUGACUGAAAAGAAAAAAGACAGGGCAUCUACGGUCAAGAGGAAUAAUGCCUAUGCUGUAGCAGUAGCCAACUACGCUCCUAAUAUCACAAAGGACUCCAGCACACUUCCAGCUUUCGCCAAAGGUGGUGCCAUGGAUCCUAUCAAGGCCAAAGGUGAUUGCAAAGCCCAAGAAAGCAAAAAGACAUUCAACACGGUCAGCAAAAUUGACAGGAUGUCAAGGAUUCUUUUCCCAGUUCUCUUUGGCAGCUUCAACCUUGUUUACUGGGCGACCUACCUUAACAAAAAACCCAUGAUAAAAGAUAUGGUUCCCUCAAAUUAGAGGCCAGGGACGGGGUCUGGUCUUGGGACUAAGAGACCAACGAAAUACCUCUAGCAACCAUGUACACAUGCCUCUGCAGAGUGAAGUCCUUGAACGCACUGUUAUCUUUAACCAUCCUGUUUUCUACACUGUCUGCAGCACGUUUGAAAGCGCCUGGUUUUUGUAAAUGUUCAUGUAUAUUUAUAUUUAUGGUCUCAGUGUGACAUCAUUUGUGAUUACUUUGAUGAGUGCACUUUUCAGUGAAAUUGUGUUUCCAGUUACAGUACGUGGCCACUUUACAUACAAGUAAAGUCAAAGUCAAUAUUAACAAAAAAACAAAAAUUUAAAUUUACAUUACUUUAAAAUGUUCUGGAUUUUCCUAGUAAUGACCACUCUGCUGGAAGAACAGUAUAUACUUUUAUUUUCAUUUCAAGGGAAUAAUCAUUUUAUAUUUGUUGUGUUUUUUUAGCCAUCAAAGAGUUGACUGAUUUUUUAAAUGUCCAAGCCGAUGCUAAAUCACACUUGUACAACAUUGUUACUGUAUAAAAGUUGUUUUCUUGUCUGUGACUGCGAGUAGGGGCUGCAUUUAGACACUAACAUCCAGAUGUACUGAAAUACAAGCCAACAAGAUUGUAAAAAAUAUAAAGGAAGCUGCCAAUUUAAUUUGCUUUUUUAUGUUAAAUAGUUCCACACUGCCAACUUAGAUUAGCGGUAGUACCAUUUCGGAUGAAAGGAAGAGCCAGCUGAUUCGCCGGCUGUAGAUGUAGAUUUGUAUCCUGUUCAGACCUAGUAUUAUCGUGUCUCCUGUGUGAUCCGAUCACAAGUGGCACUCUUAAGUAACAGCUGUUCACACCUGUAAUUAUCAUGCAUCUCAGAGGGCUUCUGAAGUGAACACUUGCGGUCAGAUCUCAUAUCCCCAGUCUGCAAAAACACAGAUCCUCUUUCUCCUUUAUAAUCUUUUGAAACAUUGUCAUAUGAUGAGCAAACUGUAAUGAUGGCUGAAUGUGGCUCAGUGACUGCAUUUCAUUGUUUCCUUGACAAGUCCUGGGUGGAUUUAUAUCUGGUGGUAAGGCUAUCCACUUGUCAUCCAUUAACUCAGAGGGCAUGUUAAUACCAGGUGUAAAUAGGGCCUUAAUUUGUCUGCCAUUUGGUGCUAGGUUGGUUUUUUGGGCACUGGAGAAUACAGUCAAGUGCAUUUUUUUAAAAACACAAAGCAAUUAGCCAUAAGAGGCUAAAAACUUAGAGCUGAAGAGUUAGGGGAUCAUUUUCUGGAAGUAAACUUUAUGGGUAAACCCUUUUGCCUUACAAACACAUUCAAAUCAGUGGUUUUAAUCAUAUACCAGAAAAAGUCAAAAGAUGUUUGUAAUAUUUUUAAAUAGCCCUGUAAUUUAUUAAAACAAUCACUGUGUUUACUUGUUGACAA